AUGGGUUUUCAUUUGCCUAGAAUUGUUCAAGCUAAACAAAGUCUUCGACGUUCUUCGUCAACUGGACAUGGAACAUCAGCGGUUGAUGUUCCAAAGGGGUACUUUACAGUGUAUAUUGGUGAGGUACAAAAGAAGCGUUUCGUCAUUCCUUUAUCUUACUUGAACCUGCCUACUUUUCAAGAUUUGUUGAGUCAAGGAGAAGAAGAAUUUGGAUAUGAUCAUCCAAUGGGUGGCAUCACAAUAUCUUGCAGUGAAGAACUUUUCUUCGGUCUCACUCAAAGUUUGAAACACUUGUGA